AUGAACCUUGCUAUCUCUUCAGUCGUUGUCCAACACUUAGACUCGUAGUGUCUAUUUUCCUUUCUUUCCGAAUUUAAUUUAAUUCUUUUAAACAUUUUUAAAAGUAAUAAUUUAAUUUCAUUUUUGUUGAUAAACAUCAAAAAAAUGGACAAAUAUUUAUUUGGAGCAGUUUUUCUAUAAUUAGAAAAAAAAAAUGGAAACAAUUUAUCGUUACGCUUGUGCUUAAUGUAGAAGUGACAAUGAAUUAAAUUUGUGCAUUCUGAUAAGUUUUUUUUUUUUUUUUGAAUAAUUGUGAUUACUAUUGUGUGAAAUCAUGUGGAACCGAAAAGUAUUCAUCAGGAUUGUUGAAGUGUUAUUGUGUGUGGCAUGUGUGGUGGCAUUGAGGGUAACUGAUGAUGAGAGUAAAAGAGUUUUUCACUAUCUUCGAAAUCGAAGUCUCCAAUGGUCAUUGCUCAACAACGUAACAUGGGGAGUCAUUGGACAAGCUUUUGCGACAGUCACAUGUGGGGGCUACCUUAUUAUAACAAUAGGUCUUCUUAUUGCCGCCGCUACUGGAGAACUUAGAGGUCGCAAAACAGAAUGUUUUUUUCUUGGCCUGGGGGUGAUAUUUUUUGGAAUUGUUGGAGGUCUUUCUUUGGCAUCCUUAGACAGUGUUCCGCAAGAUUUAAUAGACAAUGCAGCAGUCCUUGGAACAUUGUGUCUCCUCACAGCCUUGGUUUUCAUUGCUGAUUUACUAAUGAGCUCACAUCAAGGCAAAAAAAAGCAUGAUGCCACCCAAACUUUUGGCAGUAAAGAAACAGGCUCGGUAUCAAAACGAAUAACUAUACAAAGGGAGUAUGUAAAUAAAUUUGACUCAAAAAGUGUUAAAAAACUUGAAAGUUCCGAUGAAGUCUUAAAAUUUUCAGCAGUUAAGCCAAUGACAAUGAUGACGGUGGAAAAGGAGACAAAAAUUGUAAAAAGCAAUGGUAGUAUGGAAAAUUUGAAUGAUUCUCGUGAUUCAAAGGGUCAAGUCACUAAUGGAUUUAAAAAAUCUGAAGGAUCACGACUACAUGACAAUCUCGAGGGUAUUGACUAUAUUGAUCGACCCACAACAGAUCGAAAUUUCAAUAGAGAGGAACAAAGGCGACAUAGUCUUAGGUUAUCCGAAGUUCCUGUGGAGGAUCAAAAUAAAAAAUUUCAAAAUGCAGAAAAACAGACACUGGACUAUCCACAGAAUGUUGAUAAUUACCGACGACACUUGAGAGAUUCCGAGGAACCAUUUGAAAUUGAAAAACAACGUAUGAGAAAGGAAAAUGACAUUUUCCGAACUCAGGAUAUUUAUCAACGACCAGUCGACGAAUUGGAUACUCCACGUUUUCCAGCGACCCUAGAAAAGAGAGAACCAAUUUUUGCAAAAAUUGUUAAUCCUGGUGUGAAAAUCAUGCGUGUCGAUCGUGACGUUGAAGAAACAAUCGAAAAUUACAGGUUUUCUGAUUCAAGCCAAUAUGACAAUGUACCUACCCGAAUGUUUUCCUCUUCAAAUGGAUUCGGGAAAAAAAAUCGUGAUGCAGUCUUCAGCGUUCCUCGACCAAGUAGAUUAUACAAGCAUCAGGAAAAAACCAAGGAUGAGAUUGAAAUGCUCGAGGAGUAUUUCAAUGCCUACAGAACAGCGUCGAUUGGAACUCAAACGGGAAAUCGUUUGCCUUCGUCACCCAAUGAUCCAGGAUAUGUUCGUCAUACGGCCAGCAAUUGGCCACAAAAUCUCCGCAUCAAAACACCUGGUGGAAGUCCCGAACGAGAUAGAGUGUAAAUUUUAAAAAUUAGAUUAAAUCUACCAUUUUUUUUUUUGCCAAAAAAUCAUUCAAAAAAUAAAAUAAAUAUUCUUUAAAAUCUUUUUUGGCAAAAAAAUAUAGCAACUGAACUGCCUUAAUUUGUUAAAAUUAAAAAUUUUAAACUGUUAUGAGUGUCUAAAAAAAUGUGUACUUUAAUAGUUGGCUAGAAGUUUUUUUUUACAAAAAAAUUUUAUAUGUAAAGUUAGUUUAACUAUAUAAUGAUUAUUUUUAAAAUAAUAAUUUUUCUCGUCAAUAAAGAAAAAUUAUUACAAACAAAAAUUACAAAAUCCCAAAGGAUUAAUUGUAUGUAAACGGAUCAAAAAUAUUGGCAUUACAUUAAAAUCCAAAAAUUAGAUUAAUUAGGAAGUAGCAUCUAAGAUUUAAAUAAUUUUUUUUAGAUUCAAUUCUGUGAAUCAAGAAAAUUAUCUAAAUUUGUUUUACAAUUAGUAAAAAAAAAAUUAAACGAUAGAAAUAUGUUUAAAUUUAAAUGAUAAAAAAUUAUAAAUUUAAAUAAUAAAAAUGUAAAUUUAAUUGGAAAAAUACUUAUAUAUAAAUAAUUAAUGUUAAAAUUUGCUUAAAAAAACAAAUUUAUCUAAGAAUAAUCCGAAGACUGUAAUUCAUAAACAUUUUCUUAAAUUACUAUAUAUUAUUAUUGUUUCCUUCAAAAAUGUCAACAAAUCAACAUUUGGCAUAAAAAUUUUUAAUAAAAAUUUAUAUCUUCUCUCCGACAUUACAUCAUAUACAUAUACAUUAUCAAUAUUAAUAAUGUAAUCUUGUAAUAAUCGCAAGCUGUUAGUCUUUGUCUUAACAACGUAAUCGUUAAGAUUAGUUUUCUAAUUAUACAUGUUUAUUUUUCUUAACAAACAAAAUAACUUGCUGUAACUUACAGUUUCUCUUUUUUUUCUUACUCUUUAUAAAUAAAAAAACAUUCACAACUAAAAA